ACGGGCGGCCUUGCUCUUGCUGGAAGCAGAGCGCCCGGUGCCUGGGGUGGGAGGAUGUGGUGACGCGUUCCACGCAGCGGGAACUCGGGCCUUUAAAAAGCCGAGGAAGCAGCCUCCGCGCAAGCAGUGGCUCCCCUGGAGGAAAGCACACCCAGGCCUCACGUUCAAGAAGCCAAACUGUCUGCUUCAAAGAGAAAAGGCAACAUCCUGUCGCAGGCCAUGCUCUGGCAGAAACCCACAGCUCCAGAACAGGCCCCGGCCCGGCCGUACCAGGGAGUCCGUGUGAAGGAACCGGUGAAGGAACUGCUGAGGAGGAAGCGCGGCCACGCCAGCAGCGGGGUGGCGGCUGCACCCACUGCGGUGGUGCUGCCUCACCAGCCCCUGGCGACCUACACCACAGUGGGUCCUUCCUGCCUGGACAUGGAGGUCUCUGCUUCUGCCGUGACGGAGGAGGGCGCCCUGUGUGCUGGCUGGCUCUCUCAGCCUCCCCCAGCCACCCUCCAGCCCCUGGCCCCAUGGACGCCCUACACCGAGUAUGUGUCCCAUGAAGCCGUCAGCUGCCCCUACUCAGCUGACAUGUAUGUGCAGCCCGUGUGCCCCAGCUACACAGUAGUGGGGCCCUCCUCGGUGUUGACCUAUGCUUCCCCGCCACUCAUCACCAAUGUCACGACAAGAAGCUCCGCCACGCCCACAGUGGGGCCCCAGCUGGAGGGCCCGGAGCACCAGGCACCGCUCACCUAUUUCCCAUGGCCUCAGCCCCUUUCCACGCUGCCCACCUCCACCCUGCAGUACCAGCCUCCGGCUCCAGCCCUGCCUGGGCCCCAGUUUGUCCAGCUCCCCAUCUCUAUCCCCGAGCCAGUCCUUCAGGACAUGGAAGACCCCAGGAGAGCUGUCAGUUCCCUGACCAUCGACAAGCUGCUUUUGGAGGAAGAGGAUAGCGACGCCUACACGCUCAACCACGCUCUGUCUGUGGAAGGCUUCUAGGGCUGGCUCUCACCUGAGAAUCCUAUUCCCUAAAACUGGGAUUUAAAAAUGGGCCUGGGAUGGAGCUCUGGGUUCAUAUCUGUUUGGAGUAGCCACUUCAUAACUACAGUUUGAAGCUAGAAUUGUAGACCCCCUUCUCUCCCCUCCCCUUGCUCUCUUCCUUCCUCCCUUCC